AUGACAACUGAUAAAAAAAUAAAAAAGCGUUGUGUUAAAUGUGAUGAUUAUGAAAAUACGAAUGGUUUAUUUAUUUGUGAUGGAUGUCAAAAUAUGCUUUGUACUCGACAUGUAAAUCAACAUCGAGAAGAACUUAGCAAUCAACUUGAAAUAAUUGUACAAGAACAUGAUUUAAUUCAACAACAAAUUUCUCAAAUAUCUUCUAAUCAUAUUCUUAUACAAAAAAUUAAUGAUUGGGAAAAAUCAUCAAUUAUAAAAAUUCAAAAAACAGCCGAAAAAGCUCGUAAUGAUCUUCAACAAAUAAUCAAUCAUUCAAAACAACGUUCAUCAAAAAUGCGUCAUGAUAUUGCUACAAAUCUUCAUUCGGCUCGUAAGACAGAUAAUUUUUCAGAAAUAGACUUAGAACAAUGGCAAAAACAAUUGAAUAAAUUAAAAAUUGAUAUAGAUUUGUCAACUUCAUGUAAUUUGGUUAAAGAUAAUAAACGUUCUUCUAUUUAUUUAAUACAAAUUGAAGCAAAUAAUAUUAUAGAAAAAAACUCCAAUGUAGAAUUACCAAAUCAUGUCAAUGAUAAAUUUGGAUUUAUAUUUGGUCCUGUUCAACUUGAUCGAACUGAGAUGCAUAGCACAUAUAUUGGUGAUAAUGAGGGAUACGGAAGAAUUCGUGGUCAACAGAAAUAUUUUUAUGGUCGAUCAAUUAUUCGAUUUAAAAUUGAAAGAACUAGAUCUUCUCAACAAUUAUUUUUUGGUAUCACAACACAAAAUGCAGAUUUGGAUCAAAGAUUAUGGAGUGAUCCAUCGACGAUUGGUUGGUGUGGAGAUAAUAGUAUAUGGCAACAUGGUUGUCAUGAUCAAUUAGAAGAUCGAUUUUUUAAUAAUAAAUUUCAAAUAGGUGAUAUUCUACAACUCAUUCUUAAUUGUGAUCAAAAACAAAUUGAAUUAUACAAUGAACGAACAGACAAAAGACAUAUUCAACAUGUUGAUAUGAAACAAACACCUUUUCCAUGGCAAUUUUUAGUAGGAUUAUAUAAUUAUGGCGAUUGUGUGAUUAUUGUCUAG